UCCAAAAUUUUUCAGAGAAUGCAUCCUUAGUCAAUAAAUCAUUCAAACCGAUUAACAGCAACAAGCAUAUCAAUCAACAUGCGAGCAAUAAGAACACUCUCCUGCGAACACAACCAACGCAUUCUCGCAACCUUAUUCAACAAUCUCCAAACCCCACAGAACACAAAUCCCAAAACCUUAAUCCCUCUUCGUUCCCUCAGAACCUUCGAACCCCAUCGUCGAUUCCUUCAUUCGCAUCACGACUCAGCACAAGCUUCAUUCAUCCAGAACCUUCUCAAAUUUCGUAGAGACAAACCCACAGAACAAAUCGAACGAGCUCUCAACCUCACCGGAAUCCACCCCAACGAUGAACUCGUCCUCGAAGUCUUGCAACGACACCGUUCCGAUUGGAAACCAGCUCUCGUUUUCUUCAAAUGGGCCUCCAAAACAAACAUCUACACACCCAGCUGUCAUGUAUACAACGAGAUUAUCAACAUCCUCGGCAAAAUGAACCGUUUCGAAGAGGUACACCAAGUGCUCGAUGAAAUGUCACAAAGAAAAGAACUCAUUAAUGAAGAAACAUUUUCCACUUUAAUUCGUAGGUUUGUAGCUGCACAUAAAGUGGAGGAAGCGAUUAACAUUUUCCAUAGAAGGGAAGAGUUUGGUUUGGAGAAUGAACUUGAUUCCGAAGCUUUUCGUACUCUUUUGAUGUGGCUGUGUAGGUACAAGCAUGUUGAAGAAGCUGAAACUUUGUUUCAUAGGAAUUUGAAUAGGUUUCAGUUUUGUCAUGAUAUAAAGACGUGGAACGUGAUUCUCAAUGGUUGGUGUGUUUUAGGGAAUACACAUGAAGCAAAAAGGUUAUGGAAAGACAUCUUAGCGUCUAAAUGUAAACCUGAUAUUUUCACCUAUUCAACUUUCAUCAAGGCAAUGACAAAGAAAGGGAAACUGGGAACUGCUUUGAAGUUGUUCGAUGGAAUGUGGAAAGAUGAGAGGUGUAAACCUGAUGUUGUGAUAUGCAAUUGUGUGAUUGAUGCUCUUUGUUUCAAGAAGAGAGUUCCUGAGGCGUUGCAGGUUUUUCAUGGCAUGAAGGAACGGGGUUGUCUUCCAAAUGUAGCUACUUAUAAUUCAUUGAUUAAGCAUCUUUGUAAGAUAAGGAGAAUGGAGAAGGUUUAUGAAUUGAUAGAGGAUAUGGAGAGGACGGGUGGAGAUUGUUUGCCUAAUGCUGUUACUUAUAGUUAUUUGCUAAAGUCGGUGAAGGCGCCGGAGGAAGUUCUUGGGAUUUUGGAGAGGAUGGAGAGAAAUGGAUGUGCAAUGAGUGAUGAUGUCUACAAUUUGGUCUUGAGGCUGUAUAUGAAAUGGGGUGACCUUGAUGGAUUACGAAAAGUAUGGGAUGAAAUGGAGAAAAAUGGAUUGGGACCGGACCAACGAUCAUAUACAAUCAUGAUUCACGGACACUUUGAAAAUGGGAGGAUAAAGGAUGCCAUGCGAUAUUUUAGGGAAAUGACAUCUAAGGGGAUGGUGCUGGAACCUAGAACGGAAAAAUUAGUUAUUUCCAUGAACGGUCAGUUGAUGGAGAGAACAGAAAAACAAGAAGGAACUGUUGAUGCAUCUAAUGUUUGAAGUAUUUGAUUGUUGAUCCAAUUGAAAGGAUUGUUGGUUCAGUUGAAAGGAUUGUUAAAUUUUUUAUGCAUAUAUGUAGUCGGUGGCGGAGCCAGCACCCGGCCAGAAAGGGCAGCUGCCCAGGCUCCGUCCGGCAACGAAGCAGCUUUUUGAACGAAGUUCUGCGGACAAAACGACUUAUUCCGAACGCGGCUUUUUGAUGGAGCAGUUCGUAUACCCAACUCUCGAUUCAGAGAAUGACAAGGUUUCUAACUUCCGGUUCGUAUACCCAACUCUCGAUUCAGAAAAUGACACGGUUUCUAACUUCCGGCGAGAAUUCGGUUUGAUUUUGGUUACAAUCUUCUUUGUCUCUCUUCUUUGAUUGUUGCUGUGUGAUUGUUAUUCAAUUCUGCUUUGCUGUUUCGUACUUGCAUGCCAAGUGUUCGAUGGAGUGACUGAACUAAGUUAUUUUUUAUCUGUCUUGAAAUCUUUUUCGAGUUUCUUGAUGCGUGGCAGCUUGGUGAUUACCGCUGAUUCUUUGAAACUGUAUACUGCUCCAAUACCCUUAUUGGAUAUGUCUCGCUUGAUUUGAAUCAUCCUGAGUAUAAGAGGAUGUAACUUUCAAGCAAUGGGAAUGAUACUAAGGUGAUGCAGAAACCAUUUGUGCCGCUAACAAGUGAUCCUAUUGAUGAAACAGUGGUGUGAAGGAGGAGAAGAACCUGAGCCAAGGUGAAACAGCAGUGUCAAGAGUUGUUCAAAAUAUAGAUUUGAACGAGUUCCCGACGAUUUGAAUGAGCUCCCAACUAAUGAUGUUGUCGAUGAAUGAUAUUCUUCUCUUUUAUUUUAUGUUUAUGUUGCAACAGAAUGACUGAUAUACUGUUUGCUAUUUAUUUAGGUUUAAGUUCAAACAUAAACAGGUUAUUUGCACUAAAUUAGUAUGACAAUAUGAUGGAGACGAGAGUAUGAAAUUGGUGGCAGAAUAUCUGAUAAUGGCGAGUUUACUGUCAAAGAGUGCCCUUUUUCUUUAUGUGUUAUUACUUGAGAGUUAAGUUACCUAUCCUAUUUAGCUAUUAUGUAAUUGAAUUGAAUGAAUGUAUAUGCUUUUAUGUUAUAUUAUCUAGUUUUCUUUGGAA